AAGAAACAGCCAUCAUGUCUUUAUCACAUGUAAAUACUCAAUACCCUCCAAAAAAAAAAAUACCCCUUGUGUAUUUCUUUUUUGAUUAUUUUUCUUGUUCUUGAUUUGUUUUUAUAGAUGUGAACAUAAAGUUCCCCCUUCUAUUUUUCUUUCAAGUUCAAGCAGUAUAAUUCGCUUUCUUACCUAAAUUUAUAUUCUUUCUUGUUCUUCAUGAGCAAGGAAAAAGAAAGCAAAUUGAUUUUAGAGUUCUUCUGAUUCUUUCUAAUUCCUGUUGAAGGAAAGAAAGAGAGGAGAGAAAGUAACUGAUUUUCAUGGAAGAUUCAUUUGAUGAAGAUUGUGAUUAUCUCUUUAAAGCGGUUCUGAUUGGAGACUCUGCGGUUGGGAAAUCAAAUCUGCUUUCAAGGUUUGCAAGAAAUGAAUUCCGAUUGGAUUCUAAACCCACCAUAGGGGUGGAAUUUGCUUAUAGGAAUAUAAAGAUUGGUGAUAAGCUCAUCAAAGCUCAAAUUUGGGACACUGCAGGACAAGAAAGAUUCAGAGCAAUAACUAGUUCAUACUACCGUGGAGCACUUGGAGCUUUGCUUGUCUAUGACAUAACCAGAAAUGCAACCUUCGCUAACGUGAAAAAAUGGCUGAAAGAGCUUAGAGAGUUUGGGAAGCCAGACAUGGUGGUGGUUCUAGUAGGGAAUAAAUGUGAUCUGGGUCAGACCAGAGAAGUUGGUGAAGAAGAAGGGAGAGAAUUUGCAGAGAAAGAAGGUCUGUGUUUCAUGGAAACUUCAGCUUUAGAGAAUGUGAAUGUGGAAGAAGCUUUCUUGCAUAUGAUUAACAAAAUCCAUGAAAUCACAAGCCAGAAGAGUUUGGAAGCUAAAAUUUUGAAUGAUAACACUACAAAGAGUCUUCUUGCUGCUAAAGAGAUUGUCCAUAUUGAUCAUGAAGUAACCGCUACUAAACAAACAACUUGUUGCUCUGCUUGAAAAAUUUUCCCAUUUAUUUGUAUAGGUGAAAAUUUUGAAGCUAUAUCUUCCUUCUUUUUUUUUUUUUAUGUUAAAUUGAUAUAAUAUUAAUACCCUUUCCUUCCUUUA